AUGGGUGGUAGCUACGAUGAUCGGGUCGUUGGCAUCGUGGUGGAGGAGUUCCUACAUGCUGGAUGGAUGGUGGGCACGUUCAACUUCAGAGGUGCUCACGGUUCCAAGGGACGCACUAGUUGGUCUGGAAGACCUGAACUAGACGACUAUACAUCCUUCGCCGCAUUCUUCAUGCACUAUAUAUCCUGCCUUCGACCACGUCUUACCUCCGAUCUUACCUUCGCGCCCGAUCAGGCUCCGAUACCAUCGAACCAAAGCGAGUCAGCACCGGCACAUGACGAUGAAUCUCCCAUAGUCAUACUAGGAGGCUACUCAUACGGCUCUCUCAUCCUUAGACACCUACCGCCCGUACCGACUAUACUACAACCCUUCUCCGCUCCAGUGGUGGGUACUGCGGCGGAUGAGAUAGUUAUGCGCGCCGGCAAGCUAGCAGACCAGAGCAAUCUGGAAUGGAUCAACCUAGCUCGGGAUGAAACCAGAGCUAGGCGGAAGAGCCGAGCAGGAAACGAACCGCGACCUCAGGUUACAAUGGGUGGGGAAGAGACAAGUCCAGAGAAGCGCCGGAGUAGCAGAGACGUCCGAAGAAGUCUAGAGGGCGGUUCGCGGCUCGAAAUCCGAACGAGGUUAAGAAGCCUCAGUCACAGGCGACGGCACGAAAGCCACGAACCGAUACCGCAGCCAGAGAAGAAGAAUUCGACGACUACAAUGCCAGAUGUACGCUAUCUCCUCAUCUCACCGCUUACGCCGCCAACCUCUACACUUGCCGCACCGGCCCUGAUACACAAGUUUUGGAGCAGGUCCAAAUACGACUGUCAUGAAGUGAUUGGAAAGCAUAUAACCCUAGCCAUCUAUGGAGACCAGGAUAUCUUCGCUUCGUCAAAGAAAAUCCGGGACUGGUCAGAGCAGCUCAAAGCCGAGUCGAAUUCACGCUUUACCAGUGUUGAGGUUGCAGGCGCAGGGCACUUUUGGCACGAGAACGGCGUUGAAGCAAGACUAAGAUCAGCGAUGAAGGAAUGGGAGGCUGCGAUACGAUAA